AUGCAGCUCUCUGUCCUUAGCAAUCUCCUCUGGCUCUCCGUCUCGGUAGUUGCCGCGAUCCCUUACACGCCGGGCCGUACGCCUCUGCACCGUCAAGCUUCGGCCGAAACCAUAUCAACCCUCUGGGUAUCCGAGGUGCCAUCUUCGCCUCGGCCCUAUGCAGUCCGCCACUACGGUAUCCCCGGGGUUGUCGUCGGCGCGCAGACGUAUCGCUUCCCGGUAACGGGCCCCAGCUCUGACUAUGCGUUCACACUAGUUUCAACUGGAGCCCCUGCGUCAGGUUCCCUCGGUGUGCUGCCACAUGUUCAUCUAAGCCAUUACGAAAAUUUCUUUUGUCUCAAGGGCCGCUUCCAGCUCUGGACCGCCUCCGCCGAGACGUAUGAGAAUGAAGAGGCCCGUCUCCUGACCCCGGGAGACUACGGAGCGGUCCCGCACAACACCACUCAUACCUUUCAAGUCCUCGACCCAGAUACCGACAUGGUUGGCGUCAUUCAGCCCGGAGGUUUCGAAGAUCUUUUCUACGCGCUGGCCAACGCGAACUACACCUCGCCCUUGCAGAGCCCGUAUGACAUCAACGACGCAAGCCCCUACGAUGCUAUCAGCAGCUCGCCCCCAGCCGAGGUUAUUGCAUCGCUUGAGUCGUUCGACGUCUAUGCCCAGCUAAACUUCACACCGUCGCGCGACCUCGUUAACGGAUCGUAUUCAGCCGCCAAGAUGGCCGGAGACUUGACUGGCUGGCACACUGACGCUGCUGAGCUGGGCGCAGAUACCAAGAAGCCUUACUUUGUGGCUAAGGACUUUGGGCCCAAGUGGCUUAGUGAUGAGGCCGGGUUCUACCAGAUCAUCCAGCCCCUUGUCACGCCCACGCAGUCGGCCGGCAACUUCACCCUCGCUACCAUCACUAUGUCCCAGAAGCUCUCGAAUGA